GUGGAGGCGAAGUUGAGUUGUGUUGUUGCUCGUUGUCGGGACUGAAAAAGCGAUAGGAGACGGCAGAUUUCGAAAAUCAUUCUAUAUGCUUUUAUGCAGUCAUUUGAUAUCGAAUCUCUGAUUGGUACGGGUAGGGAAAGAAGCAAUGGCUGCUCCGGAAUAUCUGAAAAAACCACAGAAACGGAAGCUGCUAAGGAAGUAGCACUUAUUAAAGCCACUGCUACCAAAGAUUUUCCGGAUGCUGCCGCUAAUACUACGAAAGUAAGUACAUCAGCAAGUCCGAAUUUCGAUCGAAAUUUGAUAAAAUCUGAGUUCUUAAGCGGUUCGGCAUCAUCUCGGCUGCGUCCAGAAGCUUCAACUGUAUGUGCAAAUAGAACAGUAUAUUCGGAAUCGAAAUGUUCAAGUACCGCUUUCCACGCUUAUCCCUGCAUAUCCGAUAGCAAAUCCCAGUGUGCACCGUCAUCUCCAUCGGUGUCAGGUUAG